AGGAAAACGGACGCAACAUAACAACUCCGAGCUUCAUACGCACGCUACACCUGUACGCAGUGAAGAUACCCACAGCCACACUCCGCAAUAAAACACAACACAAACACUCUUCUGUUACAACCAAUUUAUAGAACGAUGAAAGUUUCCGACGAAAUCACCGGCGAUUGCGUCGGAAAUCGCAAAACCUUCAGUUUCUCGUCGAAUUGGACGAUCGCGAGUGGCUCGUUUGACGAUUCCGUGAAUUUCGAGUCGUCCGAGUCGCCGAUCGACGCGGAUGGCGUCGAUUCAGCGGAUAAAGCGCCUCUUGUUCUCAAACCUUCAGAAUCGGAUUCUUCGCCUUGCGAAAUCACUCUGUCGCUUACACAAAAGCACGAGAUCCGGCAAGUUUAUGUGCGAAGUACUGCUCGUACAUAUGAAAUCUACUAUAAACCUGAUGUGCACAGUAGCAAUGAGUAUCUGUGCACCGUUCGUUGCAGUACUGCUUCUAGAGAGGAUGAUUCACUUCAUGAAAGCAACCAUGGGGAAGGUUCUACCGAACCUACUAAGGAAUCUGACAGGGAUUACAAAGAAAAGAAAUCGCCCAGUAGCGCCAAUGAAGAUGGCUGGGUUGAGGUGAAAAAACCAGAGUCACCUGUAGAAGUUAUCAAGUCCAUGCCAAAAGCUAUUUUUGGUGAUGAAAGAAACCUCCAGGACUUCUAUGAGGCUACAGCAGAGAUUUCUGAUGGAGAACCUUCUGUUACCCUCAUCAUACGUUUGCUGUCACUUGAAAACAAAGGACUUGUAUAUGUUGAUGAAAUUUAUGUGUAUGCUGAUGCUGUGGAAUCCGCUGAUUUAGAUAAUUAUGCAGCUCAGAACCUUCAAGGUGGAGCCUUAGCUGGGAGUUCUCUUAUGACUAUGUUUCUCCCUACCCUUUUGCAAUUGACAAGGUCUAAUGUUGGCCAGUCACAGAAUGGACUCAAUUCUAGGAAAGUGGUCGAAGAAGAGUCUGCUGAAAGGUCAAGAAAUAUUGACUCGACAAAUUAUUCAAAUGAGCAUUAUAAAAGAUCCAAAGUUCUAGACCGGCAGGAUGCUGAAUUCCAAGAAGUUACAGAGGUGACAGCCCAAGCAACUCCCCAGUUCAAAAAUUUGGCACCAAAUGUAGAGAAUCCGGGACAAUAUCAUUCUGUUGUGGAUUGUAAUAAUCAUGUUGGAAGAGUCAUGGAACAACUAAAUUCUCGGAUGAGCCAAAUUGAAGAUAUUUGUUUGAGGUUUGAAGAGAAGAUGGUACGCCCCAUAAGUAGCAUGGAGGAAAGGCUGCAGCGAUUAGAGAACCAGUUGGAAACAAUUGUGAAGAACACCCAGACUUCUGAACUUCAUUCCUGUGCAAGAUUUUCUGCUCCUGCAUUUUCAUCUCUAGACUCCACCUCCAGCUCCUUCUAUAAUGAUGGUUGUGCUAAUCCUCCUCAUGUACAGUCAGAAGUGGAAAAACAUGAGCCCUCUUGCGAUGAUAUAUCUAAGUCAACUGAAGAGAAUUUUAAGUCAGGAAGGGCUCCUCAGUUUAUCCCUAGUUAUGUGGUUACAGCCCCUGAGUUCUUAUGUGACGAGGAUGAUGAACAGAAUGAUGCUGUGGCACCAUUGAAGGAUUCUCCUGGCGAACUACCAAAGAAACCCAUGUCUAUUGAUGAUGCAUUAGCUGCGGCACUUGCUGGUUUUUCAUCUCUCACAAUCAGUGAACCUCAAAAACUUUCAGAAAAAUUUACUAAAUCUCCAAACGAGGAAAUUGGCAUUAAUGAGGAUUCCUUGGAUAGACCGCUUGAAGAAUCCAUACACAGGGCCUCGAAUUUUCACAGGGACUUGUUAAUGAAGAAUCCAUGCACAAUGAAUGUAGACGUGGAAUUUAUCAAUGAAGAAACUGCUGGUGAAGAGCAUUUGAAAUAUACACAGGGCCUCAAAUUUACAGCCCCUGAUUUUGCGAGUGAAGAUACUAUCUGUGAUGUCAAAGUCCUCACACCUGGAAUCGAAGAUGUAAACCUUGUACAUCCUUCUAGAACUUUUGCAACUGAUGGAGGUGAAAACAUACUUGAUAUAACAUCAGCACCCAGCAAUCUUUCUGCAUUGGAGAAGGAAGAAACAAGUAUUGUUCGUAAAACCAAUGUAUCAGAGCAGUUCUGUGAAGGUCAGACUGAUGCUGACACUUUCGGUGGAGCUAAUAAUUCUGUGUCAGUUAGAUCACAAGGUGGCUAUCCGGCUACAGAAGAAACCAGCGAUCUUUCUGCAUUGAAGAGGGAAGAAACAACAAUUGUUUGUAAAACCAAUGUAUCUGAGCAGUUCUGUGAAGGUCAGAGUGAUGCUUACACUGUUGGUGGAGCUAAUAAUUCUGUGUCAGUUCGAGCAGAAGGUGACUAUCCGGAUACUGAAGAAACCAGCCUGCAGGAAUCCAGCAGCCGCAAAGAUGAACUACCGAUAUGGGAGCGGCUUGCAAUUUUACAACAGGUGCAUGAAAAGAAUAAUGCCACUGUUGGCACUAAAGGGAAAAAAUGUGAUGAGAGAGACGAAUUUGUGAAACAUAUAUUAGCACAAAAAAAUUUUGUGAAACAUCUGCUUGCAAAGACCAAAAAUAGUGUUGGCACUGCAGAGAAAAAUUCGGGUCCAAUUUCUAUCUGCGAGAGAGUCGAACUUGUGAAACAGUUGCUUGCAAAGACCGAGGACACUGCAGAAAAGAUUUCUGGUCCAUUAUUAGAAUGUAGUGAGGGAGGCUCUGGCAAUGGCUUUUCUUUAGGUAGCGUGAAAGAUGACUACUGGGCUACAGGAGAGAUUGGGAUGCUGGAAUCCAGUAGCAGCAAUAUAUUGGACAGAAUCAAAAUUAUUGAACAGUUGGGUGCAAAGAUCAAGGAUGGUGUAGGCAGUAAAGAGAAAAAUUUAAGUCCAACUUCGGAAUGUGAUGAGAGAGGCUCUGGAAAUGACAUCUCAUCUUGGCUGGAUUUUGAAACUCCUAUCCUUGAGGUUAAAUUUACUUCCCAGGAAAACACCAGUUCUGAAUUGUCUCUCAAAGCCCUGUUGACUAACACUGAAGCUGAUUCGCAAAUUUCUUUUACCCAGAAAAGCAAAGACGAUGAGAUAACUACAAAAGAAAAUGAUUUGGGUUCGGUGGUGAUUGAAGAAGGAAAUCCGACAUGGGAAAGCAACAACUUCCUUUUGGUUGAUUUGGAAAGUUAUGAUGCACCUGUUUCUUCAGAAGAUGUGGCUGGACACCAGGUUCCCCUCGACAUCAAGGAGCAUGAAGUAUUACCAAGUCUUAUAUGAGGCCUGGGUAGUGGAUUGUUGGUCGUUUGUAAAUAUAUCCUGACUAGGUGGUAUUACUGCAAUCUUUUGUUGUCCGACUGCUGGAACAAAGUUUCGUUAUGAUGGUAUGUGUGAUAUUACAUGCAACUUAUGUAUUUCAUUCUCGAAUGUCCAUGAUACUAAAUUAGGAUUUCUGAAGUUCAUGUCAACAACAAUUAGUGCCUAAUUAUAGGUUUGGUGUCUUUGGAUAUUUGCCUUUUGUGAAUAUAAGUCUCUUUUUAUAAACUCAAAAAGUUGCUACC